AUGGCCCAGAGGAUACCUGUGCCUCCAGCUAAUGCAUAUUCACAUCACGCUAUGUCGCCGGACUUCCCACAUAAUCCGGACAAUUUUCUGGUUGAUAUCGUCGAUGGCUCAGACUCUGAUUACGACGCUCAACUGAACAGGAAGAUAGACACCAAACAUCGGAAGAAACAAUCUGCACCAAUUCUUGCAACUUAUCAUUGUUGGAAGCUUACGAAGGCUGCGCCCAAAACCAAGGAUGGCGCUCCAAGCUGGAAGCGAGCAGAAGUGGUACAAAUGACACUGCCAUCCGACGAGCUUGAAUCACAAGUCAAGAAGCAGCGUAAGGCGAGAUCACUCAUCGAGAUGUACGAGGCCUUGUCGACGGACCAGCGUCAACAGGUCGAAGUUCUUAUCCAGCAACAGAGGCGAGAUGAGACGAACAAAUACGCUCGUUGGGAGAUAGCAGCCAUACAUCGUGAGACUCUUAACAAUCUAAGGACUAGGGUCAGAGAAACCACAUUUAUUCGUGUAAUAUUGUGUAGGGACGACAAAAGAAAAAUUGAGAAGGCAGCACCAAACCUUGCGGCCCCUAGCGCCAGUGUGGCAAGCAACAUCUCCGACCUCAACGACCUUUCCAAUCCGCUGCUGAAGCAGACAGAGAUGAACAACGACCAACGUCUUCCUCCGUCCAGAAGAGAAUUCAGAGGACAGGCUAGGGCCAAAAGNACAACCAGCGAGGACAUCAUCGAAGUCGUGCCUGAGUCUAGUAUCGAUAACAUUCAUAUCGUCAAUGUGCCAUCAGUUGUGAGNCCCGCCCCCUUUGCUAGAUUGCAGAGCCCGAGUCCAACAUGGAGUAACCAGGCUCCUCUCUGGCCAUCGUCGUCAAUCAACAUAGGGCAGGAAACCAUGCAAUUAGGUCAAUCGCGACCACAGCUGGCCACAGAACCCCAAAACAUUCAGCAGCUUCAUCCUGUCCAGAAUGCUCUUGCAUACAUGGCCGAUGUGAACUCCAAAGCUCGCACACAGGUGGAAGGCAAUUUCUACGAGGAGCAGCGAAUGCAAUCAGCUUUGCCUGAAUCAUGGUUUCCACGGCAGUCUCCACCCAGAGUACCAACCUUUGAGUACCACUCUCGUACUACUCCUAACCAACAGCCGAUCGGAACAUCUACGAGACAGGUAACACCACCACAACUCGGCCCACAAUCGACAAAUGGUAAACGAGACUACUUCGAGCAGCAGUUUAGUGCUCCCUAUGAAGUAGUGGCGGAGCCGAACAUGUCUAGACAGUAUCGCAACGCGAACAACAACGCACCCAAACCGGUCGACUCAAACUACGCCAUGAAUUCAGAGGCUCACAGGCUGUCUCCAAGCACCAAGAUCCAGGUUGCUACUGAUACGGACUGGCCUGAUUACAACCCUGAGAUGGAGCCAUCACCACUUCCGUCAUCGCAACCUCAGCAGCAGACGAAACACACGAACCAAAGUGCCGAACGACUACGAAGAGAAGACGUGCUGUUUUGGAGGACUCAAGCUCAGCUUAGCCACUCUCGAUCCUUCUCGAGUUUGGAUGACCAGUCAUCGACGAUCGCAUCGCCUGAGCAGAGCUCACCUCCCACUUCAGUAUCAGGAGACGGAAUUGCGCCACAAUUCCACUAUCACGAGAGAGAUACUCACACGCCAGGACGAUUUGGUCAACAACUUGCAGCACACAGUUUCCUCCGCCCGAAUUCAGAUCGACAACGGGAGCAACCUCCCAAAUUGCCUCAAAGAGAUCGAAACGAAUACAAGCCUCCAACUCGACGUGGCGCCAGCUUCGAGGAUGAAUCUCUUGGAUUUUCUGAUAGGCAGCAUGCUCCACAUCCCAUUCCCAACGCUCGUGAUACUAGCAUGUAUAGCCCAGAUACCUACACAAGACCAUCGGCUCCGGAUCCUCCAGAGCCAAAACCUAACUACUCGUCUUAUCACCCACAACGGUAUCAACCACAACAAUCCAUGGAGUUGGAGAAUGCUUCGAUGCUCGAACGCUUGAAUGAACGUCUGGAUCACAUGGAACUCAGACAGGCGGAAGGAGCGACCAGGAGAGCAGUUGAAGCGGCACAGAAGAGAAGAGAAUUGGAAAGGAAGGAAGCUUACGAGCGGGGAAUUGAGGAUGCGAUGGCGUGGAAGGCACGAUCUGGAGGGUUUGGCAGCUUUGACUGA